UGAGAGAAGUCGGAGGCAAACGCAAGCUUUGCCAACAUCUUCUAGCUCAAGCUGCCGUGUGGCCUUUCAUUCGCCAGUGCAGUAAUCCCUCAAUGACGACCCCAGAUGGUUGCCAUGAUGAGCAGCCGAAGAAGCUGGUGGUCAUCUACUCCCCGCCAGCGAUGAUCGGCCACCUGGUCUCCACGGUGGAGCUCGGAAAGCUGCUCGCAGAGCACGGUCUCAAGGUCACCAUCGCCCUCGGCGGGCAGGCUGACGAUCACAAGGCCGCCGGCAGCACCACAGCUAAUCCUCUUCUCGAAGGCGUCGGGGCCGCCCACUCCGAUCUCUCUGUGCACCGCCUACCUCAGAUCACGCGCCCGAGCCACGUGCCAGCCCAUGACCACGUGGCGCAGGCCUUCGAGCUCGCUCGCGCCUCUACCACUGACCUCCGUGACUUCCUCCGCUCCACCUCCCCUGCAGCCCUCCUCCUCGACUUCUUCUGCGGCAGCGCCGUGGACGUCGGCGCCGAGCUCGGCAUCCCGACGUACUUCUUCUUCACCUCUGGCGUCGCCGGCCUCGCCUUCUUGUUAUAUCAGCCGGUCAUCCAUGGACAGACCACUCUGAACCUCCGAGACCUCGGUGGCGACCUUCUGCACGCGCCGGGCCUCCCUCCGGUACCGGCAGAUCACCUAGCCGAGGCUGUCCUCGACCGCAACAGCCUUUCCAGCAGGCACUUCCGCGCCUUGUCCGAACAGUUGAACAACUCCCAAGGCGUCAUCGUGAACAGCUUCCGCUCCCUGGAGCCACGCGCCACGGGCGCCAUCGUGGCCGGCCUGUGCACGCCCCCCGGGCGUCGAGCUCCACCGCUGCACUGCAUCGGUCCACUGAUAAAGUCGGAGGUCGGCGCAAAAAGGCACGAGUGCCUCGUGUGGCUCGACGCCCAGCCGAAGGCCAGCGUGGUGUUCCUCUGUUUCGGCAGCUUGGGCCGGUUCAGCGCAGAGCAGACGAAGCAUGUGGCGCGCGGGCUGGAGAUGAGCGGGCAACGGUUCCUGUGGGUCGUGCGCCGCCCGCCUGGCGAUGACGACGAGCAGCAGCCGGACCCCGACCUUGACUGGACCGGUUCGGCGCUCCUCCCGGAAGGCUUCCUGGCCCGCACCAAGGACAGGGGGCUGGUCGUCAGGUCGUGGGCGCCGCAGCGCGAGGUGCUGGCCCACAGCGCUGUGGGCGGGUUCGUGACGCACUGCGGGUGGAACUCGGUGCUGGAGGCCGUCGUGGGCGGGGUGCCGAUGCUUGCGUGGCCGAUGUACGCCGAGCAACGGAUGAACAAGGUGUUCUUGGUGGAGGAGAUGCGGCUGGCCGUGGCUGUGGAAGGGUACGACAAGGAGAUGGUCAAGGACGAGGAGGUGGCGGAGAAGGUGAGAUGGCUGAUGGAGUCAGACGGUGGCGCGGAGCUCCGGCAGAGAACGUGGGCUGCCAUGCGGCAGGCGAAGGAGGCGCUGUGCGACGGCGGCGAGUCUAAGAUUGCACUGUUGGAGCUUGUAAGACAUUGGAAAAUGCUGGCGUGGACGGGUGAAUGGCGUAAAGGACGAACACAAACUAGAUGAACAAGCAAGUUAAUUCGUGUGACUGUACAGACUAGAAAUUUAGUUUACAGUUGAAUAAUAAAUAUUUGUGUUAAUAAUAGUUAUAUGUUAAGAUACAUCAACUAUUUAUAUUUAAAUAUUAGAAUGUAAAAUAUAAAUGUAAUUUUUGUUUAAAAUAUUGGAAUCAUGUUUAUUAUUUGUGAAUAGAUCUAAUUUAUAAUUUUC